GAUCUAGACAGAUAGAUCAGGAAAUAUCUUCGCUAAAGUACUUAUUAGGUCUGGUUGACUAUGUAGAGCUGAUCCAAGAGCAGGCAAAUUGCUUCUGAGAGACACGGUCCAGAAAAACAGCUCUGUAGCAGGCAUCUCUUGACACCACAGUAUAUUCUGGGUAGCUGCUCCGCAGUAAUGCAGCCCUGUCUUUCUGGGCAGUGUUGUUAUUCCUGCUGCAUAAUUAGCAACUAGUGAGAUCAUAGUCUGGGGAGAUUUCUGGCGUUACUGAGGCAAAGCAGGGAGGCUUCGUAUCAUCACAUGUGGCUCCGGCUCUAACAGCAUUUCUGUCCAGCAUAUUCAUAUUCUUAGGAACUUAAGUCCAAAGAUGGAGAAGGAGAAAGAUGUGUACCUGGGAAAUGGACUAUCCCAGACUCUGUGUGUGUGACAUGUUGCAAACGCUGCCUGCCAUAUUGACGUAACCAUAGUCAACUGUCCCUUCUUUUGCUAUUUGAUUUCCCCUUGCCGGGUUCUUUACAGAGGGCUAAGAUUGUAAAGCUAAGUUGUCCUGGCACAGGGGAUGAUGAUAGACCAGCUGAGCCCUAUUUUAUGGAGCUGAAUGAGAUUGGAAAAGAUUCUGGGCUCUGAAGGCAGUGCAGAUUCUAAUCUUCAGUCCAUUCUUUAGAAUCAAAUUUGGCCUUUCUGGUUGCCUGGUGAGAAACUUCACCCUUGUGAAGAUCUGGGUAAAGUGUCUCCCUGGCUUCUGAUAUACUCUGAAACUUAGGGCCUAGAGCGUAUUGAUUCCCAAAGUGCAUUCCAAGAAUCACUUGCCCCCAAGAUACUCUGGAAACACAGGGUUCCAUAAGGAGGUGUGGGGACCCCUGUGUGCACUAUGUUUGCUCUCACCCUUCACCAUGCUCAUUAGUAUAUUAAAAGCCUGCACGCAGUCCUCUCCUAAGCAUUUGUCUAAACUAUUUGGACACACCAGUCCUAUUGCCACGUAAAGCUAUUAAUAUCCAUGGAACUAGUUUAUUUAAUAUAUACACUUUGGGAAAAGCCAGGCUAAAUUUUCACUAGGAAAAAUAAUUGGAUCUAGUCUAGGUUUAGGAACAGCCUAAUUCUGCCUUUGAUCCCUAGUCCCUCCCACUGGCCCCUUGGAGAGCGCUCCUGUGUGCGCACCGGAGCAGCUACCGUUAUUCCCGUUAUUCCCCGGGCUAAUGAAACCCAGAGCCCAGCUGGCUUGGAACCAGAGGCCUCCACUCUAUUCGGAAAGAAUCCUAAUGCACCUGGCUAACUGGUGGUGAGCAGGGGCUUUGGGGCCAACGUGGUGGGCUCCCCAAGGAAGCCCCUUUGAAACCAAUGGAUGCAUUCACGGGUUCGAGUCUCAAGAGGAAGUUUGAUGAUGUGGAUGUGGGCUCAUCAGUUUCCAACUCAGACGAUGAGAUCUCCAGCAGUGACAGUGCUGACAGCUGUGACAGCCUCAAUCCUCCUACAACCGCCAGCUUCACACCCACAUCCAUCCUCAAGCGGCAGAAGCAGCUGCGGAGGAAGAAUGUCCGCUUUGACCAGGUGACCGUAUACUACUUCGCCCGGCGCCAGGGCUUCACCAGCGUGCCCAGCCAGGGUGGGAGCUCGCUGGGCAUGGCCCAGCGCCACAACUCCGUACGCAGCUACACACUCUGUGAGUUUGCUCAGGAGCAGGAGGUGAACCAUCGGGAGAUUCUCCGUGAACACCUGAAGGAAGAGAAACUCCACGCCAAGAAGAUGAAGCUGACCAAGAAUGGGACAGUGGAGUCGGUGGAGGCCGAUGGCCUGACCCUGGAUGACGUCUCAGACGAAGACAUUGAUGUGGAAAAUGUGGAGGUGGAUGACUACUUCUUUCUGCAGCCCCUGCCCACCAAGCGGCGACGAGCUUUGCUAAGGGCUUCGGGGGUCCACCGCAUUGACGCCGAAGAGAAGCAAGAGCUUAGAGCCAUCCGCCUGUCGCGGGAAGAGUGUGGUUGUGACUGUCGCCUCUAUUGUGACCCAGAAGCCUGUGCCUGUAGUCAGGCUGGGAUUAAAUGCCAGGUGGAUCGCAUGUCCUUCCCAUGUGGCUGUUCCCGGGAUGGCUGUGGGAACAUGGCUGGGCGCAUUGAAUUUAAUCCAAUCCGGGUCCGGACUCAUUACCUCCACACCAUCAUGAAGCUGGAGCUGGAGAGCAAGCGGCAGGUGAGCCGCCCGCCAGCCCCAGACGAGGAGCCGUCGCCCGCCGCCGGCUGCAGCCUGACCGGGGCGCAGGGCUCCGAGACGCAGGACUUCCAGGAGUUCAUUGCCGAGAACGAGACCGCGGUGAUGCACCUGCAGAGCGCCGAGGAGCUGGAGCGGCUCAAGGCGGAGGAGGAUUCCAGUGGCUCCAGCGCCAGCCUGGACUCCAGCAUCGAGAGCCUGGGCGUGUGCAUCCUGGAGGAGCCCCUGGCUGUGCCCGAAGAGCUGUGCCCGGGCCUCGCAGCCCCCAUCCUCAUCCAGGCCCAGCUGCCCCCGGGCUCCUCCGUCCUGUGUUUUGCCGAGAACUCCGACCACGCGGCCGCCUCGGCGGCGAACAGCCCCUCCUACUUGAACAGUGGGCCCCUGGUCUACUAUCAGGUGGAGCAGAGGCCGGUCCUGGGGGUGAAGGGAGAGCCCGGCACGGAAGAGGUCCCGCCCUCUUUCCCCAAGGAGAAGGAUCUGAGUGUCUUCUCUCUCCCGGUUACCUCACUGGUGGCUUGCGGCCCCACAGACCCCGCUGCCCUGUGUAAAUCAGAAGUGGGGAACGCGUCCACCCUAGAAGCGCUAGUGCCCGAAGAUUGUGACCCCGAGGAGCCUGAGAGUGAAGACCUCCGCCCCUCCUGGCCCCCCUCGGGCCUCCCCUUCCGCACGGACCAUGAAGAGGGCUGUGUGGUGGAGAAGACCUCACAGCAGAGCGAGGACAGGCCCCCUGAAGAGUCUUCCCUAGAACUCCCUCUGGCAGUGUGACCCAGGGAUGGCGGUCCUGCCUCGUACCCAUUCUCUAUUUAUUCCCUUAUUUUAUCUAACACCAUUUCAAAACAAAACUGUAGAAGCAGCUGCUACUCCCAUGUUAUUUUAUUGGGGUCUUUGGGGGAUGGGUGGGAAAGAAUUGUUUGUAAAAGUAUUUUUUAAAGGGUAAACAGAACCAAGGAGACCGGUCCCGGCUUGAUCUGGGGGAGAGUCUCGGGGCAGAGGAGGCUGCAUGGUGCCGAAUACUGAGCUUUUCGGGGCCACUGGAACGAAGAAUGAGGAUCUCACAGGAGAAGCCGGGUAAUUCAAGCAGCUAAUCUUCAUGUAGGGACCAGAACACAGUAAUCUGAACAGCAUGGAAAAGCCCCUUCUCUCCUGAGCUCCAGGUGGGGAACAAGCUCGUGUCCCCCCUCAGUCACUCUGACAGCCCACCUUGGUGUAUCAUAGUCCGCUGGAGAAUCACCUGGUCAGGUCUAGAGAGGAGUGGAUGGAAGGGUCUCUGCUUCUGAAGAAAACCUCCGGGAUUUAUCAAAAUUUAACCUGCCUUCCCUGGCCCCCCCGUUUGGUAAAUAAGUUAAUAUUUGACAUGUUUCGUGUUCUCUGACCUGUUCCCCACACUGGGGAGUCCUGGUCUGUAACUUGAAUCAUUUCUUUCACAUGUUCUUAGGUACUAGAG